AUGCAACAAUCCCAGGAAGCCGGCGUAUUCCCGAGAGCCGAGUUCGGCCUCAACGUCCACCCAUUAAACGCGAGCUUUGACGAUGGUUGCUCGGACAUCUCCGACUUUCUCAUCCUCUCCGAGCUGUUGCCAAAAUAUAAGAAGAAGCCGAAGAAGUUUGAUGGCCAUUCAACCACGACAUCGAGACGUUCCACGGCUUCUUCCGUGAUCCGGAAACGGCUUUCCAUCGUCGAGCCCGAUGCCUCGUCGGUGGUGUUCUUCGAUGCGAAUGACUAUUCAAGAGCCCCGCCACUACCGCCGGAGGCAAUUUCGGGCAGAAGCUUACCGAGGUCAAUCCUGAAAAAGCACCCCUCUGCCAAUAUCUACGAAGAGAUUGGGGAUGAUGAGGGGGAUUUGGAGGAACAUGUCUCUGAUGUACGCCCGGAGCUGCCAGCUCGUCCGGUGGUGACCUCUCUGCGUCUCUUCCCGCCCUGCACUCUCUUCCAGCCGCGCUCGAUGCCGAAUACCGACACGGAAAAGUAUCCCGAGCCGCUGCGCCGUAAGAAGCUGCCCAGUCUCCACCGGAAACGCUCAAAGCUCAUCGAUUUC